AUGACAGGAUUCCAGUCCAACUUUGAGAGUCGAGCGGUCGUCUAUUCGUGGUCUCCGACUAGAAUAACAAUGAUUCCAUCAACGCCCAAGGAAAAUGCCACCUCUGACACAGAACGACAAGCCAAACCUGUACUCGCAACAAGUAGGCCUCCUGCUGGCCAGCUUCAUGGAUGGAGACUGUACYCUGUACAGCUAAGUCUGUCAUUGGCAMUGAUACUAAGCAACAUGGACUCAUCGAUUGUGGCCACGGCACUCGUAACCAUUGGCGAUGAGUUUCAAGACUUCGGGAGACUGCAAUCGAUUGUGCUGGCGUACUUUUUGACAUAUGCUGGCUUCGCACUCAUAUUCACACAUAUUAGCGAUUUCAUCGGAAGGAAGUGGACCACAGUCAUCGCUCUGGUCAUCCUCAUGGGGUCAUCCUUAGGAGCCGGUCUCAGCCAGUCUCUCGAUCAAGUCAUUGUGUUCCGCGCACUCCAGGGUAUCGGUGGAGCUGSACUCUACUCGCUACCAAUCGUCAGUCUGCUGGAGGUCACACCCACGGAGAAAUUUCCGCUCAUGGCAGCUACAAUGGGAGUAGUCUUCGCUACAUCGGCAGUACUCGGUCCUACUAUGGGAGGCGUGAUCACCACGAAUGCUUCCUGGAGAUGGAUCUUCCUAUUCAAUGUGCCUUGCUGCGUGGUCGCAAUCGCAUUGAUUAUGAUCUCAUGGCCUCACACGCCGUUGCCUGCUGGACGUAUCGCAUGGAAACGACUUGAUCUCGUCGGCUGUCUUUUGUUCAUGGCUACCGCUGUGCUACUUGUGUUCGCGCUUCAAGAGGCGGGCGCAGGAACUUAUCGCUGGAAUUCAGGCCUGAUCGUUGCAUGUCUGUGUUUGGCCGGGCUUGCUGCCAUGGCGCUGACAGCUUGGAUAUGGCACCUCUCGAAGCCCGGUCCGCAUCGUGUGUCGCCAAUAUUCCAUGCCAGGAUCAUGAAACAUAGAAUCAUCGUGGUCAAUCUCUUGAUAUCUACACUCGUGGGUUACCUAUUCUACACCAUUCUUGUGGAGCUACCCGAGCGUUUCCAAAUCGUCAAUGGGAAGAGUCCACAAGGUGCUGGAAUAAGCCUAUUGCCUCUAUCUGGAGCCUGUGCACUUGGCUCAGGACUGGGAGCUGCCCUUUCCAGCAAACGCAAUCUUACCCUUCACGCGAUGACCAUGGGAUGUGCCUUUACGCUCCUAGGUACAGGUCUCAUAUACAGCAUCAACUACAAUCGCUCAAUCGUCGAUCGCCUCUAUGGAUUCCAAGUACUCCUUGGCUUUGGCGUCGGCCUCAUUUGGGCAACAGGAACUCUGUACAUCAAAAUCUAUGCCAGUCUUGAAGACACGGCUUCAGCACAAGGACUCUUGGCUCAAAGCCACAUCAUUGGUGGAAACAUUGGUCUAUCUUUGGCCACCGUCAUCCAGAACCGACACUUGGCGUCAGGGCUCGUCGAUGUCCUUUUAAGUGAGCAGAUUGCGUCCCUGCGCAAAUCACUCACGCACCUGGAGGGUUUCACCCUCGAACAAAUCGAGGCAGUGUCGAUAGCCUUCUCGGAUGCCUUCAAGUUCCAAGUCGGGGUAUGUGCUUUCCUCGCAGCGAUCUGCCUCAUUCUCUGUGCGUUUCUAUACGAUCGCGACCCUCCCAGUUUCGCCAAAAUCACAGCCGCGCAGAAAGAGAUGAGAGGCGACAAUAGAUCGAUGGGCGAUAUCGAGAUGGGUGGCGACAACAGGACGAAGAGCGAUACAGAUUCGCAGAGCGAUAAAGAGACGCAGAGCGAUAAAGAAUCGAAGUGCGAUAAAGAGACGCACAUCGACACAGACAUGAAGAGUACCAACGAUUCGAUCGAUUGA